AAAAGAUCUUGCAAUUGUCAUUGGCGUGCACUCAACGGCUACAUUUUUCCAACACUCACAAUCUCCACCCAAAUUCCAUUCUUUGGACGCUGGUCUGCAGCAUGCAUCUAGACGAUGCAUCCAGUACUGUGUUAAAGAAGUUACUGACUUCACAGCUGCAGCCCAUAUGUGACGCCGAUCCCAUUGUAUUGGCAGACUACGUUAUAGCGUUGCUCAAGCACGACAAGCCAAUCGCAGAUCUCAAAGCUCUCUGCAUCAGUCAACUUGAUGACUUUCUCAAAGAAGCAACGCAGCCAUUUGUGUUGCAGCUAUUUGACUCGCUGGCAUCAUUAGGAUUCUUGGAGAAUGAACCCCAAGCUGUCGGUAACCAAGCUGCCCUUCCACGUCAUCAGCACCUGCAUACAAGUGCACCAACGACUGGGUUGGAGGAACCUUUACAACCGACCCCCAGAAAAGUCUUCGAGGAGGAUGCGUCUGAGGACGAAGACGGUGAUCGGAAUUUCAAGCAUACCCGUCGUGGAGGGCGUGAAUCAUCGAGCGACAAGGCAUCUCCGGCAGCGGACCUCGGAGACCGGCGUGUCGUUCAAAAUGACCGGCCGCGAGCAGAUGAAUCUGCAGGAAGAAAGCGUGGAAGGGGCGAGGAUAAUAUGUAUCCUCCACAAGCUUUAGAUCCCAGCAGUCAGACUGCUGGUUAUCCAAGUAGUAAGCAGGCUAAAUAUGAGGUACACAACACUUCUGAGCACAAGAGACGGCGCUCAGACGAGCAAGGCGCAGACGACGGAGAUGUGCACCGCGCUAAAGUGACACGCGGGUACAAUGGCCCAGCUCCGACUGGGUAUGGAAACGGAUCUACAAGACGGGCCGAAUAUGAACGUGAUGGAAGAGAUCGGGAUAUGCGGGCGCUUAAUCAGCGAUAUCCUCAGAUGCUUCCUAAUCAAGGUGUGCCACCAGGGCGGUGGGAUGGAGGACCUGACUGGAGUAACACGCAUCCAACGUCAGGAGCUCCCCUUGCGGAGCGGGAAGCGCGCUUCAUUGACAGAAACAAUGGGAGAUAUCGUGGCAGAAUGCCGGACCGGCUAGGACGAGGCGGAAUGGGACCAACGCGAGGCGGAUAUAUGAACGGUCGCGGGCGUCGUCCGUGUCGGGACUACGAAGAGAGGGGUUAUUGUCUCCGUGGAGAUGCAUGCCCUUACGAUCAUGGGGUUGAUCGCAUUGUGGUAGAUGAUAUCCCAAUGGUUGGGGGAAGACCUCCUUUUGAUCUAAUGGGUCCGGCGCCUCUGGGACCUAUGACGGGUAUGCGAGCGCCAUUCAGCGUGCCUUAUAAUGCGGGUGUUAGUGGUAGAACACAAUAUGAAAUUGAGCCGUAUGAGCCUGGAAUGCAAAUAUCUCUGGCGUCCGAGGGGUAUGAUCCCGAACGUGCUUCUUUUGCUUCAGCUGCGCGGGCAGGCGGCGAGAACGGCGGCUUGGGCAAGGGCGAUAACCAAGCGGCGGCUGGAGCGCCGUUCAAUGUGCCUCAGGGUCAUGGAGGUCCUAUUUCUACGUCUCCUGACAUUUCUCGUGGCGGCUUUCGCAAUCCUCGUGGUUUUAGCCGACGUGGUGGCGGGCGGGGGGGUUUCUUUGGUCAUUCAUCACAGCGCGGAGACACCCUGUGCGUUCAGUCUAUACCUCCCGAGUUCUGUUCAAUCGACAAGAUCAAUGCAUUUUUCAAAAAGUUCGGUACAAUUACAAAUAUUAAGUUGGACGUUCCGUCGUCUAAGGCGGUAGUCCAGUUUUCUCGACAUCAGGAGGCUAUGGCUGCGUAUAGAUCACCCGAUCCCAUCUUCGGCAACCGUUUCGUUCGAGUAUUUUGGUUCAAUUCUGAUGCGUCGGCAGCUGAUUUCAAAGCUGGUGCGGACGUUCAGACUCCUGCGGUGCCGCAACGCGCGUCUGUUGUGCAUCCGGAUCCCAUUUCAUCAGGGCCUGAUGAUAUCUCUGCAACCACCGCCGCAAAAGUAGCGGCUGCGGAGGAGAAGAAAGAGAAAGCAAAACAAAUGCUUGAGAUGCAGCAAUCACUCAUUUCAAAGCAACUUGAAGAGCAGAAAAAUAUUAUGGAGAAGCUUCAGUCGAAGAAUCUGACGCCUAAAGAAAAGAAAGCGCUUCUGGACCAAUUUGAGAUUCUUUCUAAAUCACUAAAGGAUGUCAUGGAUUCAGCAUCCAAUCAAGUUUCGGCUGUGAAAGGCAAGGGUGGGCCUGUUUCAAGGACGACGAUCAUGGAGGAAAAAGAGCGAGAAAGACUAGAUAGAGAGUUGGAUGCCUUGAACCAAAUUAGCACAGCUGAUCCAGAACAAGGGGGACGCGCACCGGAUGCCGCUCUAGUGGCCGAAUUGGAAGCUUUGAAAGCACAGGCGGCGGAACGUGGAAUUGAUCCGGCCGCGGUGAUUGCUGCUGCUACUAUUCCUCGAGGCGGCGGAACUUACUCAAGAGGGCGGGGACGCGGUUCCUGGGGAGUGGGCCGCGGAGGGAGUCGCUAUACAUUGGAUAAUCGGCCAACCAAAAUUCGCGUCGAAGGCCUUAUAUCACCGGCCCACUUAGCGUUGCGAUCGCAUUUUGAGAGAUUUGGAACUGUAAGUGGACUAACACUCUCUGAAGACAAUACUAUGGCCGUCGUCCAAUUUGCAUCAAGGAGGGACGCAGAAAAGGCGAUGUCUGAGCCUCUAACUUUUGUGGGCGCAGAUAAGGCGAAACUCUCCUGGUUUACUGGCCAUUUGGCGACCCCAAUUGGAAAUAGCUCUGAGGAAGAGAUUGGUAUAGCUGAUAGGGAAAUCACAGCGGCGAAGGGUGGAGAGACUAGUGAAUUGGGUUUAGAUGCCACCAAGACGUGGGAGGAGGAGGACGAUGACGAUGAUGAUAAUGAAACGUCGUGGAAGCGACGUUGACUCUCUUUGCGUGUAAAUCUUUGCAAUCACAAUUAAUCACAUUUCUGCUCGAUAUAA